AUGGCUGGACCUGUGUGUGUGGCUGUGGCUAUGUGUGCCUGCGUGUGCCUGCGCGAUAAGUCCUUUCCACACAGCCAUGCCGCCAUAGGAGAGUGGAAGAAUAAGACUCCGGAACAGAUCGACAGUGAAGUGCAGUGGCGGCGGAUUGCGGAUAUCGUGGCGGCCAGCAGCCGGACCGGAGCGAAGCUGUUCGCGGACCGGAUCGAGCCCGGUGACAUCUGUCAGGGUCAGCUGGGGGACUGUUGGCUCAUGUCGGCGUUGGCGUGUCUCGCAAACCAGGAGGGAGCUGUGCAGCAGGUUUUCCUGACUAAGGAAUACAAUGCAUACGGCAAGUAUAAAGUACGGCUGUACGAUGCGCCGAAGGAAGCGUGGGUGACCAUCGCAGUGGACGACUGGAUUCCCUGCGGCCAGGACGGCAGGCCGAUUUUUGCCAAGCCCAACGGAGACGAGGCGUGGGUGUUGCUGCUGGAGAAGGCCAUGGCCAAAUUCAAGAAGAAAACCCUCCCAGGGCUCCUACGCCAAGCUGGAUGGCGGGAGCACCAUGUGGGCUCUGGAGUGCCUCACCGGGGACUACGUGUUCAAGUUUAACAUGGACAGCAAGACAGGCGCCUGGAAGCGGUUUGAUAUCGUACACCAGCCCAAGGCGCAGAGUGGCGGCUACGAUGUCCUGCUGCGGCCCUCUGAAGACGUGCUGGACAGCGACGCCAUGUUUAGUGUGUGUAUCUGUUUUUUUAUUGCGAGUGCGCGCGCGCCUGUGUGUGUGGGCGGGGGGUGUAGGGGGGGGUGGCUUUAGGGUUUUAAGUUCCUUCGUGGUUGUGCGGACUCGCACCCGCCACGCCGCGUUACGCCACGUGCGCGGGUGGCUCCUUGUUGUGGGCAGGAGGAAGGGGGCAGGGGGCAGAAAGAGAGCGGAAAGGGGCAGGGGGGAGAUGGGGGAUCAUAACUUGGCGACGGCAUGUACAGGUGUGUAUGUCGACGGCACUAAGGGCAUGUAACGGCCCCAAGCC